AUGUCCAAAAGCGAGUUAGCAUGUGUUUACGCUGCCUUGAUGUUAGCUGACGAUGAUAUCGACGUUACAGCUGACAAAAUAAAUACCAUCCUGAAGGCUGCAAACAUCAAGUUUGUUGAAUCGUAUCUUCCCAAUCUUUUUGCAACGGCUCUAAACGGGAAGAAUGUCAAAGAUCUGCUAAUGUCAUUGGGGUCUGCUGCACCUGCUUCUGCUGCCCCAAUGUCGGCACCAGCGGCAGUAGCCAACGGUGGUGCCGAAAAGGGCAAAGAACCUGCAAAAGAAGAAAAGAAACCAGUUUCAGAUGACGAUUCUGAUGAAUCGAUGGGCUUCGACUUGUUCGGUUGAUUUCAUCUUAUGUACAGAAUAUAUUGGAUACAUGCAUGA